GAAGGUAGAAGAACCCAAAACUAAAAGCGGUUGCAAAAACUCCGUGAUUAUCUCUCCCGUUUCCUGUGCUGAAUUUUGUUUUUUUCUUUCUUUCUUGUUUCAUAUGAUCCUUGUCAUUUUCUGUCGUGAUUAGAUAGAAUUUGUAGUAUAAUUUUAGUAACUCUUCAGCUCCUUUAUUUAUUUCUUUCAUUAUUUGUAUAUUGUUUUAUUUAAAAAGAAAAAAAACUAAAAUUCUAUCUGCUUUUCUCUCUCUUCCUGCAAUCUAUCACAAAUUUGGAUCUUCUCUUUGGUGGGAGGGGGAUUCAAUAAUUCACUUUACUGAUCCAAAACGUUUUUUUUGUUCUUUUGUUUCCUGGAAUUAUCCAGAGUAAAUCAACCUCUUUGAAUCCUAGGUUUGUGUCUGGUGUGGCAUAUAUCUGGAGCUCUGAUUCAGCUCCAUUUCUUGAAUCCUUUCCUCAAGAAAAAGAAAAGAGAUGACUUGCUUCUCUUGUUUGAAUCCUCGAACCAAGGACAUCAGAGUCGACAUUGAUACCCCUCGCCCCAAUUCAUCAGUUCAUGGAAGUGAAACGACAGGAACAGAGUCGAUUUCAGUAAACGGAAAGGUGAACAACAACAGUCCAAAACCUGAUGGUGGAGCUCGGAGUUUCACUUUUAAAGAGUUAGCUGAAGCAACAAGAAACUUCCGUGAAGUUAAUUUGCUAGGAGAAGGAGGUUUCGGGAGAGUUUACAAGGGUCGUCUAGAUUCAGGACAAGUGGUGGCUAUUAAACAACUGAAUCCAGAUGGGCUACAAGGGAACCGAGAGUUCAUAGUUGAAGUUCUUAUGCUUAGCUUAUUCCACCACCCGAAUCUCGUUACACUCAUCGGUUACUGUACUUCUGGUGAUCAAAGACUUCUUGUCUAUGAAUACAUGCCAAUGGGCAGCUUAGAAGAUCACCUCUUUGAUCUUGAUCCAAAUCAAGAACCAUUAACUUGGAACACACGCAUGAAAAUCGCGGUAGGUGCGGCUCGAGGAAUAGAGUAUCUUCACUGCACAGCAAACCCGCCAGUGAUUUACCGCGACUUGAAAUCCGCAAACAUAUUGCUAGACAAAGAGUUUAGCCCCAAGCUCUCUGAUUUCGGACUAGCGAAACUCGGUCCUGUAGGAGAUAGAACUCAUGUCUCCACACGUGUCAUGGGAACUUACGGUUACUGUGCUCCAGAGUACGCUAUGAGCGGGAAACUAACCGUUAAAUCGGAUAUUUACUGCUUUGGUGUAGUCUUGCUUGAGCUUGUUACUGGGAGGAAAGCUAUUGACUUGAGUCAAAAGCAAGGAGAGCAGAAUCUUGUUGCUUGGUCACGUCCAUACCUCAAGGAUCAGAAGAAGUUUGGACACUUGGUGGAUCCUUGUCUACGAGGAAAAUACCCAAGAAGAUGUUUAAACUAUGCGAUUGCGAUCAUCGCAAUGUGUUUGAACGAGGAAGCUCAUUAUCGACCGUUUAUAGGUGACAUAGUGGUGGCACUUGAGUACUUAGCCGCACAGAGUCAGUCUCAUGAAGCUCGUAACGUCUCCUCCACGUCACCUGAUGUCAGAAGAACACCGCGACGUGACUCUUAGAAACACACACACACUAAAGAAUCUUGAGUUCUUUUAAGAACAUUCAGUUUGGUGUUCUGUAAAAAUGUUUUAUUUGGUCUUUCCAACAAAACUAGCAUAUAUAUAUAUUAUUUGGUAAAUGUUAUUAUUAGUUUCGUAUACGUAUUUUUUUUCCUAUCAUUCAUAUGAAUAUGACAAUUAUGU